ACAUUCCUUCAGGAGCCUCGGUCGUCUGACAUUCCUGUCUUCCUGGGGACAAUUAAAGAGACCAAGGAAGUUUAGGCGCAGAAGGUGUCGGUGCAUUUGUGAGAGGUUUUCUGUAUGGAAUAAGUGAAACUAGCUGAGUCAAGCAGAAGAAAUGGCAGAGAAGAGAAAAGCUUCUCAGAUCUGCUGGCUGCUCCUGGUGGCGCUUCAAAUCACUGCACCUUCUGCAGCACAAGACGCCACGACCUCCUCGGCUGACUCUACCGACACCUCAGCUCCGAAAAACAUCUCUGGCUAUUGGACUCUUCCGAUUGACGUCAAAGUGGCCGUGGGCGAGCCUGCAGAGUUCAGGUGUGGAGUGCCUGAAGCCUCCAAAAGCUUCACGUUCACCUUUUACAGCAGCCGUGGAAACUACACCCUCACCUGCCCCAACGGCAAGGUGGAGGACGAACCCCAGGCUCUGUACGGGCAUUGUGAAGUGAAGGGUGGUGAACUGGUGGCGAUUUGGACCCUCAAAGGAACCUCCUACUCUGACAACGACACGCUGGUCGUUUGUCAUCGGUCAAACGGUCCAGAAGACUGUUCUGCUGUCCUGCAUGUCUAUGAUAACGGGGCCAGCUAUGCUGUCCUCAUUGGAUGUGUGAUCGGAGGAUUCUUUGGGGUCCUUGUGGUUUUCGGCCUCAUUUUUCUCCUGAUGCCAAAAUCCAUGACGAUUCAGAACUGCCUCGAUGAAGAUGACACCAACGAUGACCUGGACUCGAUCGUAAAAGAGUGAACCAAGAGAAAGAGUUGAAACAAAGCUCCAUUCGUCAGCCAGUUUUUAAUUCUAAUUCCAGUUGAACCAUGUUUUACAGAUGAUACUGGCUUUUCUCUGCCUGCUGCACAUCUUCCUUCUACAUUCAGUCAUUGGAUGGUGGCCAUCAUUGCCUAAAUAUUUAACAAUUAUAAUGAUAUAUAAUACUGCUGAGCGUUGAGUCACUUACAUGCAGUACCAGAACCAUUCCACUUGAGGGCAGCACUUUUAUGAACACAGUCUCGCAUCAACAGAACGUAAACCACAAAAUGCACAAGAAACACACGCUGCUUUUCUGCACUAAUAUUGGGAUGUGAAUAGUGAUUAGUAUAUUUUUAAUUUGGUUUAUGUGCACAGCAUCAACUAAGUCACGAGUAUCUGAACUAAUUUGCCUCCCCCCGCCCCCACUUUUCAGUAUGAGUUUGGAGUUUAUUUUAAAAUAGUUCAUAAGCGAACACAUCCGUUUGAUAUGAUCAAGUCGGCAGGCGUGUAGAAAUGUACAAACUAAAGUGAUCUGUUGCAUUUAUGGUCAACGCCUAUUUACUGUCAAGCCUUAUCUCAGUGUCUUUGUUUAGGACACAUUAGCAAGACAGAGGAUACUUGUACAAUUCUUCAAACUAAGCUGGCCUCUCCACCACCUCAGUCACCGAUGACUAACUCAGAUCUGCAUUUUUUACUGUUUUGUUACUUAUUUAACUUUCAUUUUAAAUCUAUAAUUUUAGAUUUUAUCCAGUGAUUAAAUUAUCUUCUCAUUGUUACUGUUGCUCCUGUCAACUCGCUCUUUUGUGCUUUAGGUGGCUUCUGUAACAAAAAUAAAAGUGUUUACUGUCAAUAAUA